CCAUGAAAAUUUCCUUUCCAUGAGCCAAUUUGUUUCUUUUGUAUAUGUAUACAUAAUUCAAGGCUAACUUUUCUCGUUUCUUUCGAAUCACUGUUCUUAAUAAAUUGCUAGGUAUCAUCACCAAUUCUAUAUUCUUGAAGAUUUAAGUACCUUCUAGAACGCCGAUCUACGAGCUCCCUUGGUGCCGAUCUCGAUCUCGUUACACAAAUCAUUGCUUCCUUUCGAGCUCUCCAAGCAGAAUGGCGCCUCCAACGGCGCCUUUAAACCUUGACGUUGAAGCGAUAUCGGGUAUCUGCGGCUCCAUCUCAAUUGCGGCUUGGGUCGUAGUCUUUUCUCCUCAGAUCAUCGAAAACUUCCGACGAAGCUCCGCCGAUGGCCUCUCCGUUCCCUUUAUUAUCCUCUGGCUACUUGGAGAUGUCUUCAACAUUCUCGGCGCUGUCCUUCAGGGGGUCCUACCAACCAUGCUCAUUCUAGCAAUUUACUACACGAUCGCCGAUUUCGUCUUAUUAGCACAAUGCUUUUAUUACAAAGGUUUUACGUGGAAGGAUGAGCUCCCGUCACCUCAGCCGAAACCGCCGAACGGCCGAGCCGUUGGAGAACCUACUGAGAGAACUGGAUUGUUGAGUGACCACCUUGAUGAGCAUGGAAGAAGGGGUAGUGGGUGGUCUCACUUAAGUCCAGCAGUGCCACUGGUGUCGGAACCGCCAGUCAUGCCUCCACCUACACCGACGAGAUUACAAUCAGUUAUCUGGAACUCGGUGGCUGUGUUGAUGGUCUGCGUAGCUGGGGUGCUUGGGUGGCUCCUCAGCAGGCAAUACGCAAACAGCCAACCCAAAUCGUCUGCCGAUGAGGAUGUCCCUUCGUUCGACAUCUUAGGCCAAAUCUUUGGUUGGCUAUGCGCUAUUCUCUACCUCGGCUCCCGCCUCCCUCAACUGCUACUCAAUUGGCGUCGCAAAUCAACUGAGGGGGUGAGCAUCUUGUUCUUCCUUUUUGCCUGCCUAGGAAACUUGACUUAUGUUCUUUCGAUCUUCGCCUAUGAGCCUCACUGUGCUGGUUCUCACUGCCAGCCUGGCGAGUCGGAGAGGAUAUACGGAAGAUACAUUCUCGUCAACCUCUCGUGGUUAGCGGGUAGUCUAGGGACAUUGAUCCUAGACCUAGGUAUUUUUGCGCAAUUUUUUAUCUAUAGCCAAGACGGGUCUAUAGACGAAGAGGAUGAUGUAUUCGACGAUGAAGAGGCUAGCAUUGACGAGCGACUAGUAGAUGAUCGACCACUUCUACAGCGCGCUACCUCAGGUCUUCCAUAAAGAGAGAGUAGAUGGUUUGGGGGGCUUUCUUUUCCGAUAAUUGCGUUUACUGGUUUACAAAAAGGGAUCGGGUAUCAAAAAAAGAGGAGAGGUUAAUGGUGUUUGGGCUUGUAUAUAGUUGCCCUGCAUGAAAGCAUUUGUGGUUUGGUAUGGUCGGGUUACUCAGGAAAAAAACAGCACUGAGUAGAAAUUGGCGUUUUCGAAAACUAAAAGGGGGUCAUGUAUGACAAUUAGUCGUUGUAUACGGCCACAAGUCACGUAGUAAUGUUUUCAUAUGUGAUAAAACCUACCCAAUUAUCGGUCUCUCAUAGUCGGUUGUUGUAUAUGGCCCCUUAUCUCUACUCAUUUUCAGGGUGAAAUUGAAUCCACAAUACACG